GGUUUCUACCGUUAAAACACCCUCAUGCAGUCUCAUACUCUCAUGGACUUUCUGGUCGAGCCGUCGAGGCAUAUGAAAGCUAUUAAUCCUUCCUAAUUUGGAAUGCUUGAUCGGCGUGGCCCGCCGGUCUGGAUCGUUGGCCUACUCAAACAGUGAAAGCGUCCUUCCUUCCCUCCCAUACAGUGUGAGAGAACUGACUACUCGCAGGGAAAACUAUUGCGAUCUGCAGAAGCUCGUAAUUUGAUUUUUGAUCGGAUUUCGUUGCGAAUGGAACGAGGAAGAUAGCAAUUUCAUCUGCGGACGUUGUGAACUUUAAACGAAGAGAGAGGAAAAAACAAGAAAACCCUAAGUUUCGCCAUCGAAUGGAUGCGAAGGACAUUCUAGGUUUGUCCAAAACCUCUUUCUCUGCUCCUCAGGAGAAGAAACCUCGUCCGCAGAAGGAUUCUCAGAGAAAACCAGAUGGCAUUUCUCGAGAGGUCUAUGCGCUUACAGGUGGUUUGGCACCACUCAUGCCUUCUGUCGACGUCUCUCACUUGAAACGACAAUCUCAGCCGGACAAUGAAAAGAUUACUUGGAGGUGGCUUCCUUUCACAUCUUCAGCUCGAACAGAUAACUUGCAGCUUUAUCAUUGGGUCAGAAUCGUAAACGAUGUUCCACCUACUGGUGACUAUUCUUUUGCCAAGUAUAACAAGUCUGUAGACAUUGUCAAAUACACUGAAGAGGAGUAUGAAAAGUAUUUGACUGAUCCUAUGUGGACCAAAGAAGAGACAGAUAAACUAUUUGACUUGUGUGAAAGGUUUGAUCUACGUUUCAUUGUUAUAGCUGACAGGUUCCCUUCAUCUCGAACUGUGGAAGAGUUGAAGGAUCGCUAUUAUUCUGUAUCUCGAGAAAUUUUGCUUGCUAGAGCUGCUUCUUCUGCUGAUGUCGCUGGACACCCUCUUGUUAAGGAACCGUACAAUGUCGAACAAGAAAUUGAGCGCAAGCGUGCACUGUCAAUGGUUCUCUCUCAAACAAAGCAGCAAGAACGCAAGGAUGCCGAGGUUCUUGCUGAAGCAAAGCGAAUAACAGAGUCACGCAUGAUUGAUAAGGGUGCUGAAGAAGCUGAGUUGCACGCGACAUCCACUGUUGGUGCAGAAAAUGCAGAAAGGGCUAUUGUCGAUGUUGAAUCUGUGUCACCAUCUUCCAACAAUCAGCUUCCAACUGCAGUUGUUGCACCUCCAACAGCAACUGGUGAUGGUACUUCUACUCCAUCAUCUCUUCGCUUGCUUCGGGUGUAUUUGAGAACCGAUGCGCUUGAUCAAAUGGUGCAAGCUGCAAGCUCAUCUGCUGGACUUCGAACAGUCAAGAGGGUUGAGCAGACUUUACAAGAUCUUGGGGUUAAUGUAAAACCAAAAGUUCCAACAAAAUCUGUUUGCGCUGAACAUCUUGAGUUAAGGAAGGAGAUACUAACUCUCCUUAAUCUCCAGAAACAGUUGCAAAAUAAAGAGGCAGAAGCUUCAUCACUUCGUGACAAUUCAUACACUGACAUUCCAAGUACUCCCAAGCAGCGUGCAAAUCGUGGUGUGGAUCAGGAUCGGUCGUUCAUUCCCGACUCUCUUAGUUUUGGAGGAGAAAGAGUUGGCAAGCGUGACCAAAAGCGCAAGGCUCCUGGAAGAUUUUCAGAAGCACCGCCGUCGCCUCCUCAGUCUAAGAGACCUCGAAAGUUUAAGGCUUCUGAUGGAUAAUUUAGAGGUAAAUAAGUAAUUGGGAAAAGUUUGUCCAAUAGGCCUGCCUGGAAAGGAAUGUCCAAGCUGAUGAUUCGCAUUUUUGCUACAUGGAAAGAUUGAUGUGGCAAUUUUGAAUAGGAUAUCUAGGGAAUGGUGCGGAUUGGCCGUUUGUCAAAUUUCAGAACCCAAUUCAUUCAAAUAUAUCCUCAUAUGUAUUGACAUGCAUCCCUAGGUAUGUUCAUGCAUGCCUAUAAUUACUCCAA